AUGUCGGUUUUGAAAUGCGGUCCAUACAAAAGCGCGCGCACGCUCCACAGCGGACUGAAAAUUAUUCCCGCGCGCGCUCGAGCCAUCGGCGCUGACGGCGCGAACUCUGCCGUCAGAAAAGCGAUGGGUGUGCAAUAUCUAUCUUGGAACUACGACCAAACGGGCGUGGUGGCUACGGUGCACCUCUCCGAGGAAACUGAAAAUACGACUGCGUGGCAACGGUUUCUGCCAACGGGUCCUGUCGCUUUACUGCCCUUGGACUCGACGAGAAGCUCCCUGGUGUGGUCCACGACUCAGGAUCAUGCGAAGGACCUCCUUAAGCUGCCCGAUGAACAAUUCGUCGACGCACUAAACGACGCCUUGUGGAAGCAGUACCCGCGCCGCGGCGCGGUGGACGCGUGCACGUCGUGGGUGGGCUCGCUGCUGCGGCGGGCGGGGCUGCCGGACGGCGCGGAGAGGCAGCUGCCGCCGUCGGUGCGCGCGGUCGCCGCCUCCUCGCGCGCCGCCUUCCCCCUCGGCUUCGGCCACAGCACGCGCUACGUCGCACCGGGCGUCGCGCUCGUCGGAGACGCCGCGCACCGCGUCCAUCCCUUGGCAGGCCAAGGCGUUAAUCUCGGCUUCGGUGAUAUUAAGGACUUGACCGAAUUCUUAGCAGACGCAAUGUACACCGGCCUGGACAUCACCCACCACAGCUGGCUGGAGAAGUAUGAGAGCUCGCGACAAAGGCACAACGUUCCCACGCAACUGGCCAUCGACGCCUUGUACCGCUUGUACACCCUGGACAUCGCCCCCAUGGUCCUGGUCAGGAGCGUCGGUCUUCAGCUCACCAAUGCACUGCACCCUCUAAAGAAAAUGAUAAUGUCUCAUGCGACCACU